ACCAAACCAAAACUUCAUGCGAAGGAAAAACGUCGAUGAUGAGGAUGAUUGAUCGUGCUCGCGAAAAGAAAAGUAUCCCGUUUAUUGUUCGAGUUGUUUGCCCAAAAUAGUGCGAUUGAAAACAGUGCAAGCUUGGCAAAUUUAUCGCUAGAGAUUUUAUCAACAAAAAUGUGAAACCUUCGUGGUUUAUUCUUUAAGAACGUAUUUUGAACAAUAUAUAAAACUGAAAAAAAUCUCAUCUCAAUGAUCUUGCAGUUGGUUACUCAAUUAGAGAUAUCAACUAGUCUAAACUUAUAAAACAUAAGAUGGAAAAUGUCUCUAUUACUGGUUUUAACAAUGAAUCCUCAACAACGACAGUCGUAUUUACAAGUUCUGAGCUAAAUGCGAACCCAGCAAAAGCGGACGAUAAUCUCAGCAUCAAAUCAUCUGACUCGGUCACAACUAGUGGCGAGUACGAAAUCGUCCCUGAAGCGCCUUCUCCCUUGGAUACCGUGGACGGCGCAUGUCCAACGCUUCCUUCACCGAUAAUGAACAUUGUCAGAACGAGCAGCCGCUCAAAGGCCACGUCCAAAACGGCCAAGCAGGAAGGGGAAGCGAUUUGCGAUGCUCCAAACCAGACCGCAACUGGCGCCGAAUCUCUGUUGAAUCUAAGUGAAUGUCUGGACGAUGACGAGGAAGUGAUGGUUGGGUUGGUGGCCCCGAAAAAACUGGAUGCCAUUUCACCGAUACUGAACAUAGAAGGCAACGGUAAUGUAAUGGAUCUGGAGAAAAAUAUGGAUGAGGUCAUACACGAACUGGACGAGGAGCGGACGCUCAGUGCUAGUGAUGGCGAACCGCAAGGCAGUGCGAACAAAACCCCUAUAAAAUCUGUCGCUCCAGCGUACAUCAGUGGCAGCAACAGAGCCUUGGUCCCACAAUUGUCUUUGCAAGGCUUGAAAGCUCGUACAGCUCCGACAAUUGUCAACAACACCCAGCUAGGAGACAGCACACCCAACGUACAGUCACCGGAAAACCGUGUCGGACAGUCGGUGUUCUACGAUUGUCUAGAUGCCAGCCCCAUGGUGGAGAAGAGAAUGACAUCGGAAACUGACGAAGAUCUGUCCGAUAUCGAUCAGGAGUGCACCAUUUUUAGCGGGGUAACCUAUUUGGGCGCUACCCGAAUCAAUGCUCCCAAGUCGGAGAAGGAAAUUUUGCAGAAGGUCGCAGAAAUGAACGCCAGCUCGAGUCUAUCGCCACUCGGAAUGAAAGUGUCCGUCAGCAUACCGACCCGAUCGGAGGGAUUGGUUGUACUCUACGAUGGUGAGACGAACACUGUUGUAGCGACUUACGAGGUUCAGCGGAUUCUGUUUUUUGCUCGUGGUCCGGUUAAGACGGCCAACCAGGCGUGCUUUGCGUUCACCUGGUCCCACGGAGAAUCGCAGGAAACUGCCACGCACCAGUGCCAUGUCUUCAGAUGUAACAUCCCGGAAGCGGUCACCCAAGUUAGCGCUUGCUUCGCAAAAGCUUUCCAGCGCGUGCUACCGCCAAGUAUUCCGGCCAGUUUGACGACUUCAUUGGCGGACAGUACCGCUAACGUCAUGUUGUCCUCCAUUACGGCAGAUAGCGCUGGCAAUCCUAUCCAGUCGGCCAUGUAUGAGUUUAGCAUUUCACUGGAGAUCAAAGAAAAGGACAAAAAUAGCUACACGACUGUACCACGGGAUGCGAAGUCAAGCUUCCGGCUACGGUGCAACACCGAUAAGGAAGUCUGCAUAGUCGUGAAGCAAAUUCCUUCAGAUCAGUAUCCUCCCUUGUAUAUUGAGCGCUGCUUUGGAGUUCUUUUAAGUCCUGGAAAGAUUGUACGGCAAGCCGAUAUGCAGCUAUUGGAUAUGGUUACAAUGGGUUACAUCAACACAGAUGCAGUCGCAGUGCCACCGGCAGCGAACCCGAUGACCGCAUCGAUAACAUCAUUAGCAGCCGCAGUAAAUUACUCUCAGUUACCGUACCAGAUCCGUGCAGAGUGGAAGGCCAACGAUAAGGCAUUUGAACAACUCAAUACGGAGACGCAAAAAAAGUCCCUGACCGUUGCGGUCGAUCUAGUCAUUAAGGGUAUCCAGGAACCCGUACGGUUCGUAAUCGAAACGUCCGUUAUGAUUCUGUCGCAAAGCGAACUAAGGAUCAUGCAUAAUCUCUUCACCAACAAACGGCUUCUUGUAAUGCAUUAUUAUUUGACGUUGAGAGAAAGCGGCGAAGGCAAUUGGAAGGUGGAAUCUAUCGAUCAUUCAGAUGAAAUCGUCGAACCAACGCCUCCGGCGUCGCUGUCGUUGAAUUUGAAUUUCAAAACAUGGACGUUCAAAACGUCCGCCAGUGUGCAAUCGAUGGAGUUCGACGACUCCAGUCCGGAUUACAGCUCGGAUGGCGAUGAACCGCUCCUGAGCGGAACGGGUGAAGUUUCCAAGGAAUGUUCCACGGCACUGCUGGAAGAUUGGAACGAAAUCUUGAUCGAAUGGGACCGUGACAACUUAGAUAGACGGCCGAAAAAUCUAGCGAACUUGGUUCGCAGCGGUAUACCGGACAUACUGCGUGGGACAAUUUGGCAAAAGCUGGCCAAUGUGGAAAACAAAGUCGAUAUGGCCGAUUCCUAUCGUAUAUUGAUUACCAAAGAAACGAGCUGCGAAAAUGUGAUUCAGCGGGACAUCAAUAGGACAUUUCCGGCACAUAGGUACUUUAAGGAUACCGGUGGAAUGGGGCAGGACAGUCUGUAUAAAGUGUCAAAAGCGUAUGCGGUAUACGAUACGGAGGUUGGCUACUGCCAAGGACUGAGCUACAUAGCGGCCAGCUUGUUGCUUCAUAUGCCUGAGGAGGAGGCUUUUUGCGUCCUGGUAGCUUUGAUGUACAACUACGGGCUCCGAGACAUGUAUAAAAUGGGCUUCGAGUCACUACAUCUGCGUCUUUAUCAGUUGAAUCGAUUAAUGAAAGACCAUCUGCCGGAUUUGUACGAGCACUUUCUUAACACAGGCGUUGAAACGCAUAUGUUUGCCCAGCAAUGGUUCCUGAGCCUGUUCACGGCACGCUUUCCGUUGUAUUUUGCGUUCUCCAUUUUGGAUGCGUUCUUUCUGGAUGGGGUUCCAGUGCUAUUCCAGGUUGCAUUAACGUUGCUCUCGGUGUGCAAGAAAGAUCUCCUGGAACUAGAUUUCGAAGGAAUAUUGAAGUACUUCCGCGUAACACUACCCAAGAAAUGCCGAAGCGAGAAUCAAGCCAAAAAGUUGAUGAAGCUCGCGUUUGACUGCAAGGUGAAGAAGUUGAAGAAAUACGAACUGGAGUACCUCGCCAAGAAGGAGGAAAAUGAGCGCAAAGAACGAGAGAUGAAGCAGUACGAACAACGCUUCCACGAGGAGAGGGCCAAGCUGCAGCUGGAGAUUGUAACGCUGAAUGAGAAAUUGGAGGCCCAGGCAAAGGUGGACAAGAAGAACAAUGGAAUUAUUGGUGACUAUAAGCAGAUUAUCCAACGGCAAGAGCACGAGAACAAUGAACUUCAUCAAAUGUUGGAGGAUUUGACGAAAACCGUAUCUGGCUGUUCAAAGUGUUCGUCCAAUAUUCCGAAGUCAUCACCAUUGCAUAAAUCGUACGGUAAGAACUUGCAGCACGCCAACAACGAGAAUAACAAUGAUCAAACCGUGCAGCAGACGGAAAGUAAUCUCGGUCCGUUGGAUCCGUUGCUGAUAGCGAAACAACGGAUAUUAGAACUGGAGCAAGAGCUGGCCCAAACGAAGCUGGCCCAAGUGGAAGCGGAAUGUAAAAAUCAGGAUCUUCAUCAUCAACUAACCGCCACUUUGACAGAGCUUCAAACCAAUCGCAGCAGUUGGCAGCCAUGGUUUUCGAAAACAUUGAACUCCAUUCAGGAGAAAGUAGUAACAAAGCGUGAUGUCAACGCUCCCAUGCCUACAUUUCAGUCUUACACUGAUUCAAGUGUAAAACACCGUGAACAUUCCCAUACCCUGCCGACGCAAACACAGCUACGAAACAAAAUGAACCAACGCCAUAGCCUAGGUUUUGAAGCGGCAUGUGGCGACGAUCUCGUUCGUCCGGUUAAUACCGGAAGCAGCAGCGGCGGUGGUGAUAGCAGAGGAUCAGGUAAUAAAGAGCACCACAUAUUAAGGGAUUCUGCACAAAGGUGUAACAGCCUUAAGUAAAUUUAAAAACAUAAAAAUCCAGCCAGCAGGUAGUCGAGGACCAGACACUGCAUCACUCUCACAAAAGUUAUUAUUCUCCACUGAAGAAAACCAUAUUUAAAAACACCCAUGACUAUUUUAAAAGCAACCAAAAUAUACCCAUAGUCAGCAGAGCAGAACGUUGGAGAAAAGCAUGAUAUAUAGGCAAUUUAUUAGCCUGUUCAAAGUGAUAUCCGAAUUUUUCACAGACCUUUUUUUGGUGCUUGAUUAUACCUGCGGUUUAUGCUUAACUUAAACACGCGAUGCUUAGCGACAUAAGAUCAACCUUAAUCAAUAGGUUUUUUUCCGUACUGUGUUAUUAUUCUCUAUAGGUACCUAUCUUAGAUUUUACUCACAUUUAUUUGGUUAUCUCUCUGUUCCCAAAAGAACAGAAUACCUGUGUUAUUGGAUAAAUUGACCUGGAAAUAGCAAUUUUUUGUAUUGCAUGGGCUUAGAAUCGAUCAUUUAUAUUCUUUAAAAUUCGAGCCAGUUUGCGACAAAAGCAAAGAGAAAGUCAUGCUUCAUUACAAAAAAAAACAAUGCAUUUUUCACACCAAUCAACUACUGUAACAGACGAUUAAUACAUUUUUAUUAGAAACACUAGAUCAAGAAUUCAUAAAUCAAGUACCGUUUGGACUUAUUACAUAAGCCAUAUUAAAUAUUUAAUAACCGGUAAUCAUUUUGUUUUCUAUCCUUGUCACUGCAAUAUGAAUGCAUCCCAGCCUUUCAACUUAUGUAGAAUGAAUCAAAAAUAGUAGUAAAAUCGUGAGUCCGCCUUGCUCGGGCGAUGUUGUAAUGAUCGCAUUAGCUGUUGCGGUUCCAACAGAAUUGUAAUUGCCCGGAGUUAUCUUUGUUUGUCAUAUAACCCUACCAAUGUAUGCAGAACUUAUCGAAAAACAGCUGAAAUAUAAAUUAUGGUCAAAAUUCGAUUCUCAA